GGAGCUAGUUAGAACACAACACUGUAUGGGUAUGGAAGAGUUGCUGCAGAUAGGCUCAGUAGAAGACCUAUUAUCCACCACAGGCACACACUAGGAAUAGGCGGGUUCCAUGUACUGUACACCCCGCAGGCUGCCGCUUGGGGUGUUUCCACGGCAACAGAGAAGCGUCCUGACCAAACCAACGGCACACAGGGGAGGGGGAGGGUAUCGCGUUACCCCCAGCGCCAUCAUUCACGGAGCAGAGUCCUGGAUGUGACCGGUUGCUGGGAGGCCAGGUGAGACUCCAUGAUUCUUCACCGUAUACGUACACGUUUAUAGUGAUUGGAUGCUACCAGGACAAUGGCAAGUCAAAACCUAUUAAGUUUAAGGGCAAAGUUGGACGAACAAACUAAUGACAUCCAAAAAUUGCAAAAAGCAGUGGAAGAAGCUACGCAGAGUACUAUAAGCCAGCUAUCACUCUCUUACCGUGAGACAUGUCGCAGGCCUUCUCCCACCAAUCACACCAACACGCCUAGUGGAUCAUGUGCUGCCAGUUCAGAAAGGGUGGAUUUUAAUGUAUUUUCAUCAGUCCCAAUCCAAUCUUUAACAAUAAAAAGACCACUGUGUGCAGGACAGACAAGCCCAAGGGAAAGCAGUGUAGCAACAAAAUGCAAUCUGAUGCAGAAACGCUUGAGUGGAACCAGCUGCCCUGCUGAGACACACGCUGGCACAACAACUCUAAAAGAUUAUCCAUCACGAUUACUUAGUGAUUCACAGAGAAGACUUCAGCAAAACAGCCACAGCAUAGACCAUAAACAACCUUCUGUCAGACAAACAGUCAGUGGGUUGGAUUCAAAGAUUCAGGAACUGAUGAAAGAGAAAAACAUUGAGGUGGACAUGAGAUUAAGGUUAUCAAAAGACCAAGAAGACACAAAUCUAAAACUACAGGUCAGAGUACAGGAGCUAGAGGCCACCAAUGUGAUGCAGGAGGAGAGGCUGAAACAGGCACAUAUUUACACUGAGAUUUUAAAAGAGAUGUUAAAGGAACAUGAUCAGGUACUCCAGGAUAUCCAAAGAGCUAUCGUGACUUACCAUGAAGAGUCUGAGAAGAACGUACAAGACAACAUUGCUCUUGACAACCUUGGGACAAUGGUGGCAAGAAUAUUUCAGGAGCUAGCCGAUGAGUUGUCCUUUCACAAACGAGAAAUCCACUCAGCUAAUGAUCAACUUGAGGUUUUGAAAAGGGAAUUGGAAGAUAGAGACUCUUGUCUAAAAGAAUAUCAAGAGAGGUGUGAUAAUCUUGCUAAUGAGCACGGACAGAAGGCAGCAGUGCUCAGUGCUGAAGUAAGCGCUGCCAGGAGCCAUGCGGAGACUAUACAGCAUCAGAUGGAAACAUUGCAAGAGCAGAAUGCGGAACAUUCAAAACAUAUCACUAAUCUGGAAUUAAAAGUGUUCAAACUACACUCUGAGCUGCAUACCAGUAAGAGAGCUCAUACAGACAAGGUAGAAGAACUGAAAAAGCAACUGAUGGAAGCCAAUUCUACCUUGGAGGUGGCCCAAAAAGAACAUACCCAGUGCAAUCAAGAGCUUGGUGAUGAACUCCAGCAGUUACAUGAAGCUUUAAAAAUGUGUGAAAAACAGCUGAGCUUGGAAAAAGAGCACAGCCAACAAUUACGGGAUCGGGAAACCGUCAACUCACUCACCAAUGAGCACUUACGUAGAGAGUUGAUUGAACGUAGUGUGGAGGUGGAUCGGCUUCAAGCAAUAGUGAAUAUGGUGAAGGAAGAAAGCCAGCAGAAGACAGAACAACAGUACCUUUCCGGCAAUGUGAUCCAGUAUCCAGUGCUCCACCGGUCCUCUCUUCAGCUACGCUCCAGUAGGAGAACUAUUCAGGAGAAAACAUCUAGUCUCAACUUCACCUCGUCCCAGCUACUGUCCAUGAAAGAUGCAUUGCAGAAAACGGCAGGUGAGCUAGCAAUAAAAACCCAGAGCCUGGAGAAUGCUGAGAAAAAUGUUACAGAAUCAAAAAACCUCCUGGCCGAGAAAGAUAAAGCAUUGAAGAGUGCUGUUGGUGAGUUGAAGAAACUGCAUUUGUAUGCCGAAGACAAAAAGCGCGAGUUACAACAGCUGAAAAUUGACAGUGAGAAGAUAUCAGAGAUACAGAAAGACUCUGAUACACUAAAGCUGCUUUUGGUGGAAAAAGAUAACAUGAUAAUAACACUGCGUGGUCAGAUUCAAGCUAUUACUCAGAUGAUUGGACAGCGGAAUCAGAAACUGGGGGCACUGGAAGCAGAAAGGUCUCAGCUACUAGAGGAAGUAACUGUUAGAAAAGCUGAAAUACAGGAUGUAAAGGCAGCAGCUGAGAAGAACACUGUGAGAAUCUUUGAGCUGGAAGAAAUGUGCACAGUGCUAGAGCUGGAGAAAGCCAACCUGACCAAUUCAAGCGCUAAGAAGGCUCUAGCAGCCAAGAGACUGAGAAAAGAAAAAGAGGAACUUAUGGCUAAGCUUAGAGAAACUCAGAGUGAUCUGGCAAAUUUAGCAGAAGACUACAAGACAUUGAAGAGUAAUUAUCAAAAUCAGACUGGAGAUAAGGAACACAUGGCGACCAUACUCAAAAUGCAGCUCAAAACCGCAAUUGCUGAACUGGAGCAAACUAAAAGCGCUCUGAAGACUGUGGAAGAUUGUGAUGGUCAUGCUAUUAAAAUUGCAACAAGAAUGCAGAAGAAAAUCACUGCCAAGAGAGAGCAGAUUGACUCACUACAAAGCAGGAUUAAUUUCUUGAAAGAGGCACUGUCCAAUGCAAUAAAGGAUAAACAGUACCAAAAAGUGGAAAAAGCAAAGUUAAUGCAGGAAUGUGCACAAGAAGCAGCUGAGAGGAAUACGCUGUCUCAUUUGGUUGAGAUCCUCAAGUCUGAAAAUGAUACCCUUAAAGGCAAGUUGGCAAGCAGAGAAGCAGCCCUGGACAAGGCUUUGUUGCAGUUGUCAGAAUGUCAAACAGUAAUCCAACGUCUGGAGCAAGAAGCUAUGUGCCUGAGGUUACAGUACACUCUGGACUUAAAGGAGCUGAAAGGUCCAGUCUUAGAAGAUAAAGCUACAAAGCAAUUCUAUCUGACAGCUCCAGUGUCUUCCCCUCAUUCUUCUGACUUUCCUGUACGUGACUAUAAUCUACACAUCAAGGCCAAUAAUAUUGCCUCAAAGCCUACUGAGCCAUCUGUUAAGGAUAACAUAGCAAAGCCAACUGAGGAUGUCAUACAUCUUUCAGACAGUUUAUCAUCAUUGCCUUGUAAAGAAGAGGCAGCUGUGAAACUAAGAAAGUGCAUUGACCAGACCUCAGGCCAUAUAUCCAACGAAACAUUUACAAAAGACCUAACUGAUUCUAGUUCAAGGACGGAUAGUUUUAGUAGGGAGCCAGUAACUUUGUACACGGCUGAUCUUGAAGAUCAAGAGCAUCUUCUAUCAAUUAUUAACACUGAGAAUUCCUACCUGGUGGAACCCUGUUACACAUCCUCUCCAAAGAAACGCAUCAGAAACCAAGAAAUUAGACCUAGAUCUCCAGUGCACUCCUUGCUGACAGCUCCAGCUUGUGGCAUUGACAUCCACAGCAACAUGGAAAGCCCUAAUAACGUACAUCCUGCUGGUAACUUUGCGCUUGAUGAACAGUAUGAUGACCUCAACACCAGCGCUUGUCAAGGUCUCCAAUAUAGAUUGGAAAGCCUGCAAAGUCUUGCCAAUGAUUUACAAGUGAAGAAUAAAGAAAUGUCAUUAAUGAUUGGGAAAAGGUAACAACAAAUCUACAAGUAAAAAAACAAAACAGAAAAAAAGACUGAAGUGAAGCAGGUGAAGGAAUUGGACUGACUGAAUUCUUCUGAGCAAACAGUGAAUGUGAAUAUAUAUUUCUCUAUCGUCCUAGUGGAUGCUGGGGUUCCUGAAAGGACCA